AAGCUCCUGCGCUCUCUUCCGACGUUACUCUUGUGGCCAAUUGCUGAUGAAUGCUUGCUUUUAAUUAAGACGGGCUCCUUCCACUACCAAUCACAGCAUGGUAUUUCUGACAGUAGGCGGGACGUCAACAGGAAACGCCAGAAAUGAAAUCCAACCGAUUAAACGAACUAGCCUGUGUUUUGGCCUAUGAGAGCACGCUUUUAUACCGAUUGCGUUGCUUAUGGUACUCAGUUGAAUUCCAUUACCGUCCACUAAAGUAAUCGAGUUGGACAUACAUUAUUGCCGAAGCAUACAGAGGGAGGUCUGCCGUUUUUUUAUGUGGAUGUUUUGCAGAGGAGUUGUGUCUCUGGAACAGUAACUGUUAAGACAGUCGGAGGAUUUGCCUUGAUGUGUUCCGAACACAUCCUCCCUCGGCGGCCCGUGGCUACCCUCACAGCCAACCGAAUCGGAACAAUCUGUGGGUUAUUCUGCUCGACUCGGUGAGGCACGUUUUGGGAAGUAGACGUCUGGAAACUGGAUGCCGCUUCCGUGACGUCAUGAGUCCAGCGGGGUGCUCGCACGUGAGCGGAUUCAAGGUGGACAACUGGAGGCAGAACAUGCGCGUGAUCUACCAGUGCUUUGUGUGGAGCGGGGCGCCAGAGACCAGGAAACUAAAGGCUAAGUCGUGUGUGUGUCACAUGUGCGGGGUCCAUCUGAACCGGCUGCACUCCUGCCUCUACUGCGUCUUCUUCGGAUGCUUUUCCAAGAAACACAUCCAUGAACACGCCAAAACAAAGAGACACAACCUGGCUGUAGACCUCCUGUAUGGGGGCGUGUUCUGUUUCCUGUGCCAAGACUACAUCUAUGAUAAAGACAUGGAGCUGAUCGCCAGAGAAGAACAGAGGAAAGCCUGGAAACUGCAGGGUGUGGGGGAGAAGUUCUCCACAUGGGAGCCCACCAAACGAGAGCUGGAGCUGCUGAGAAACAACCCUAAGAGACGCAAGAUCACCAGCAACUGCACCAUCGGGUUGCGUGGUCUGAUUAAUCUGGGGAACACCUGCUUCAUGAACUGCAUAGUUCAGGCGCUUACCCACACUCCCCUGCUGAGAGACUUCUUCCUGUCUGACCGCCACAAGUGUGAGAUGCAGGCUAACUCCUGCCUGGUGUGUGAGAUGUCCCAGCUCUUCCAGGAGUUCUACUCCGGCCAUCGCUCUCCUCACAUUCCCUUCCGGCUGCUGCACCUGGUGUGGACUCACGCGCGCCACCUAGCGGGCUACGAGCAGCAGGACGCCCACGAGUUCCUCAUCGCCGCGCUCGACGUGCUGCACAGACACUGUAGAGAUGACAAUGGGAAGAAGGCCAACAACCCAAACCACUGCAGCUGCAUCAUCGACCAGAUCUUCACUGGAGGCCUGCAGUCCGAUGUCACCUGCCAAGAAUGCCAUGGCGUUUCCACGACGAUAGACCCGUUCUGGGACAUCAGUCUGGACCUGCCUGGUUGCUCCGCCCCCUUCUGGCCACUCAGCCCCGGAACCGACCCCAAUGGAGAACACCACGGAACCGACGCCAACGGAACCGGCACAACUACACUAACAGACUGCCUGCGCAGAUUCACUAGGCCGGAGCACUUGGGGAGCAGCGCUAAGAUCAAGUGCAGUGGUUGCCAUAGCUACCAGGAGUCCACCAAACAGCUGACCAUGAAGAGGCUGCCCAUAGUGGCAUGUUUCCACCUGAAGCGCUUUGAGCACUCUGCCAAGCUGAGGAGGAAGAUCUCUACCUACGUCUCCUUCCCUCUGGAGCUGGACAUGACUCCCUUCAUGGCCUCCAGUAGGGAGAGCAGGAUGAAUGGACAGUACCAGCAGCAACUGGAUUCUCUAAACAACGACAACAAGUAUUCAUUGUUUGCAGUAGUCAACCACCAGGGGACGCUAGAGAGCGGUCACUAUCUCACGUUCAUCCGGCAGCACAAGGACCAGUGGUUCAAGUGUGAUGAUGCCAUCAUCACCAAAGCUAGCAUUGGAGACGUGCUCAGCAGCGAGGGGUACCUGCUCUUCUACCACAAGCAGUUUCUGGAGUAUGAGUGACGUAUCUGACCACGCCCACAACUUUGAAUCAGCCAAUCAGCUACUGCUCCUACCAGGAGGGCGGUCCAGUCAUGAGAGAGAGAGAGAGAGAGACACACACACACUAUCUCUCUCUUACGCUUGGACACGCGAGGCGUUUCAUCAGACCAGAGA